AUGUUAGCUGUUAGCAGUGGUAGUAUUGGUGUCGAUCUUCUAGAUAUUCCCAAUGAACCAAUUCGUUUCAUGGCUGAUUCGACACAAAGAAAUCGAUUUGAAGAUGCAAUUAUUGCGUGGACAUGGAAAACAUUUAUCGAUGAUCCAAAUAAUUCAUACGGUCUUGUUCUCUUACCAAUGACCAAAGCUUGUGUUCGUGCUAUGGAUGUUGUACAACAAUUUGCGACUCGACUCAAUAUAUCUGUUCCAGAAACAUUUGUCAUUAGUGGUGCUUCUAAGCGUGGAUGGACAACUUGGACAACGGCCGCUGUAGAUAAUGUGCGUGUCAUUGGGGCAAUACCCAUCGUGAUGGAUAUGGCCAAUUUUCAGGAGAAUCGAUCUUUCCCUGCUUUGCGCUGGAACAAAACAUCGAAUAAUACACAUGGUUACAUUCGUGCAAUCGUCGAUUUUAGUGUUGGUCCCAAACCGAUAAGCGCCUAUGGGUAUCGUGCUCGUACAUUGAAUAAUCAACGACGUGAUUUUCGUCUUCUCAUUGCUGAUCCCAAUCAUCCAGGCAAGGCUAUGGCUAAUCCAGUGAUUUGGUUCAACAUUGCGAUUGUCACUGAAGUAGAAACUGCGACAACACUAGUCUAUUCAUUGACUAUUGAAAAUCCAGCAAGUGGUUGGGAAGGAUUUUUCGUUCAAGUAAACUUUCCUGGCCCAGAUGGUACGAUUCUCGAGCUCACAACAGAAACCCAGAUCAUUCCAGACACAUAUCCUACAGCUGACUGUCAUAAUGAAGAAUGUUUUGGUAAUCUUGUGUAA